ACUUUACACGUACCUUUGAGAGUCCAAAAAACCCGAAGCAAGUCUAGUCUUCUUUUGCUCCAAGACCCACCAAAGACUUCAAAACCUAAAACCCCUUUGAUCUACUGUGUCGGAAAAUCAAGCUCCUAUCUGCUCCAUCAAUGGCGGCCUCCGACAUUGUCUCUCAAUCCCCUUCUUUUCCCAAAUUCCUAAAUUACCCAUCAAAGCCAACCCCAAACCCCUAUGUCCUAAACCCCAAUCUCCCCUUCAAACAUACCUCAAGGGCACUGAACUUAAGGGCAGUCCUGUCCCGAAACCCUGCAGAAACAACAGCCAACCCCAAUCUCCCCUUCAAACAUACCUCAAGGGCACUGAACCUAAGGGCAGUCCUGUCCCGAAACCCUGCAGAAACAACAGCCUCUGAGCCAAAAACCCAGAACUUUAAGCACUGUUUCACCAAAUCAGAUGAUGGGUAUUUGUACUGUGAGGGUGUUAGGGUGCAGGAUGUCAUGGAUAUAGUGGAGAGGAGGCCAUUUUAUCUUUACAGUAAGCCCCAAAUCAAUAGAAACUUUGAGGCUUAUAGGGAGGCUUUGGGGGGUUUGAAUUCGAUUAUUGGGUAUGCAAUUAAAGCCAACAAUAAUCUCAAGAUUUUGGAGCAUUUAAGGAUGUUGGGAUGUGGGGCAGUUUUGGUGAGUGGCAAUGAGCUUAGAUUGGCGCUAAAGGCUGGGUUCGAUCCCAAAAGGUGUAUCUUUAAUGGCAAUGGAAAGCUGUUAGAGGAUCUGGUACUAGCUGCUCAGGAAGGUGUUUUCGUCAAUAUUGAUAGUGAAUUUGAUUUGGACAAUAUUGUAUCUGCUGCAAGGAUUGCUGGGAAGAAGGUUAAUGUAUUGCUUCGGAUUAAUCCUGAUGUGGAUCCUCAGGUCCAUGCUUAUGUUGCCACUGGUAAUAAGAACUCCAAAUUUGGCAUUAGAAAUGAGAAGCUUCAAUGGUUUCUAGAUGCUGUGAAGGCACAUCCUAAUGAGCUGAAGCUUGUGGGGGCCCAUUGCCAUCUUGGUUCGACCAUCACCAAGGUUGACAUUUUUAGGGACGCUGCUGUCCUUAUGGUGAACUACAUUGAUCAAAUUCGGGACCAAGGCUUUGAAAUUGACUACUUAAACAUUGGAGGUGGGCUGGGGAUUGACUAUUAUCACACUGAUGCUGUCCUUCCAACUCCCAGAGAUCUAAUUGACACGGUACGGGAGCUGGUCUUGUCGCGAAAUCUUAAUCUCAUCAUUGAACCUGGGAGAUCACUAAUUGCAAAUACUUGUUGCCUGGUUAAUCGUGUAACUGGGGUCAAAACUAAUGGGACAAAAAAUUUCAUUGUCAUCGAUGGCAGCAUGUCAGAGCUUAUCCGUCCGAGUCUUUAUGGUGCUUAUCAACAUAUAGAGCUGGUUUCUCCUUCACCGCCUGAUGCUGAGAUUUCUACUUUUGAUGUGGUGGGCCCGGUCUGUGAGUCAGCGGAUUUCUUGGGAAAGGACAGGGAGCUUCCAACUCCAAAUAGGGGAGCUGGCCUGGUAGUUCAUGAUGCCGGUGCUUAUUGCAUGAGCAUGGCCUCAACUUACAAUCUCAAGAUGCGCCCACCGGAAUACUGGGUCGAAGAAGGUGGAUCAGUGGCCAAGAUCCGACAUGGGGAGACAUUUGAAGACCACAUCAGAUGCUUUGAAGGUCUUUAGAUGCAUUUGUUCCAGAUGUUGACGAUGUCCACUGUGGCAGCAGGAUAGAGAGAGGCUUGAAUUUUCAUAUUGCUUGUUCUGUAUUUGCCUUGUUAUUAGGAAUCAGAGUUAUCGGAACACUGGAUAUCAUGAUAGUUGUUGCUAUUGCUCAUGAAAGAAGUUGAAGGGGUCACGAGGCGUGAUCAUGUCAGUAAUUUAGGACUCCCGCGGAUUUUUGUCAGUCAUUUUUCUUUUCCUCGGUAAAUACCUGCUCUGAUCGGACGCAGGGGAAUUGGAAAGCCUUAUUGUGGAAAUCUGAAAACUCCAUCCAUUCCUGAACA